AUGCCAUGGCUCUUCACUAAAGAGGAGGACCCUUCAAAGAGUCAAUGUACUCAGUUGGUUCCUCAUGAUGCAUUCUUCAUCGAUGGCUAUGACCGACAGUGCAGGUUGGUCGAGGCGUCCAGGUUCGAGAAAGAUACUCAGUAUCCGUUGGUCGCCAACGUCUUUAAUCCAUCUCGCCGUCACCGAGCAUGGUACGCUCCAGCGCAAACAGAGUCAUUGAGAGACAGUUCCUUUGUCCAUAUCAAGCUCCAAGCAGUAGAGGGCGAAACGGCGGUGAAGGUGCCUCGGCUGGCUGAGAUGACUGAGGUUCAAUUCGGGGUAGCUGAGAAGGGCCAGACGUACGUCAAACCCAAUCUUAACCAGAAAGGGGUUGUUCUUGAGACACACAGCUCUGGUGAUCUUGUUCUUCUCGUGAAGGGCGACAUUUCCGACCAUCGUGAAGUUGAGAUUGUCACGCUCGUCAAGCCAAACACCAUGCCAAUUGAUGACCAGAUCAAGGCGCUUGGGGACGUGAGGUUAUGCAGAUCCUGGGGAGAGCUGGAAGGCAAAGAAGGGACGGGAUUUUCGCUGAAAAGGGCAGUACUCGCCCAGGGAGUCGAAUUGGACCCUAUCAGCGAUUUCUAUUUUCUUCUCGACGCCCGCGAGAUGUCAAAGGUCCUUCCACAGCAGCAAGCCGAGAGAGUUUCCUAUAUCCGGGAAAAUUUCMCCCCGGAUGAGGCUCAGCGACGGGCAUUCUUAAAGUCAACCUUUGAGAUCACCUGCGGUAUCAACCUCGUACAAGGGCCACCUGGAACAGGAAAAACAAGGACUGCUAUGGUCAUCAUCCUCUUGCUUAUGGCACUGGAGCUGAAAGUUCUGCUUGUCGCUGGAUCAAACAAGGGUAUCGUCAAUCUCGCGGAGGCUGUUGUUACGGCUUUUAAUAAACAUCCUCGGCUUCGGCAGUGGUGCGGCCAGUUUAUUCGCUCCCGAACACCGUCCUAUCAGCUUCCACGAGUCAGAAUUGGCAGCGCAAACUCCAAUCAAGUCGGACUGGGUGCGUCAAAAAAAAAAGGAAGCUCGGCAAGCCAGAUACUCGAGCCAGUGCAGAUUCACCAUGACGUCCAGCGCUUCGCCGAGGACCACGCAGAGUCGACGAGUGACUCUGGGGACUUCCUUGAUAUGGUCAGGAAGGAUAAGGAGUGCCAUCUGAGCAAAGAUCGGUCAGAGAAGUUACACGACUCCUAUGAGUCCUGCGCCUUGAGCGUCCUCGCGAAUUGCAAAGUCGUGGCUACUACUUUGAGCAACGCUUCCCAGAAACUGCUUCGCGAAUCGGACUUUAACCCCGAUUAUGUGAUCAGCGACGAGGCCGGGCAGUGCCUCGAGGGUGAACACUGUAUCGCCUUGACGAUGUCGUCGGUUAAAGAGGUGGUUCUGAUCGGAGAUCCCGAGCAGGUGCCGCCAACAGUCAUUUCGGAAAAUGACUGCAACGGAGCGAAAUAUCUCAAACGGUCCCUGAUGACACGACUUCGUAAGGCAGGAUAUCCAUGCACGAUGCUCAAUACGAACUAUCGGAAUCACAGCGCAAUUCUCGAUUUGUGGAACCAGAAUGUGUAUGGUGUCGCUUUGCAAGUCGACGCUCCAACGACGUUCCGGACCGUCCUGUCAUCGUAUAACCGGCCACAGGUGGGAGUUCUGCGCCAUCUUUUGUCUCAGCUGUACCAGUUCAAGACGCCUCAAGGAGACAAGAUUGAGCCCAAGAACGUCAUGAUCAUCAGUCCAUAUAGGGACCAGAGGGCACUGAUGGACGAAGUUCUUGGAAAGCACAACAUUGGCUUCAAUGAGAAUGUGACUGUCGAUGCGGCCCAAGGAACCGAGUCUCCCGUUGUGGUCUUCCUGAUGACGAAACCGUCUGAGGAUGUCUUGAGCAUUGGAUUUGUCGGAAACAGAAACCGACUGAAUGUCGCCCUCAGCCGGGCGCAAAAAUUUCUGAUCAUUAUUGGAAACUCGAGGACCUGGAAUUCUGAAGCGAUGAAGGAGAUUGUUAAAUCCAGCGGCAAGCAGAACAAGCUUCUCUUGGAUCGGCUGCGGGACGUCACUCUGAAGCGUCACACUCUGACUUGGUACGACGCACGUACUGUGGAAGAACUGCAAGGGUUGUCUGCAGCACCGCGACAAGAUGAGGGAGAAGCCGCCAACGAAGACAUGGAAAUUGAGGACUUCCAGACCAGGGGCCUUCAUGCGCUGAGUCCAGUAGGAAUACGAUUCGAGAAACCGGGAAAAACCGAACCCUCUAAGAGAGACGGCACUAGAAAACGUCAGUCAGCAACCAAGAUGCAUCAAUCAGGGCAACAUACAAAGGAAAAAGUAGAGAAAGCUGAACCCUCUAAGAGAGACAGCUAA